CACCACACACAACUCUUCCCAUUCCAUCUCUAACCCUCUCGGCGAAAUGAGCAACGACAUGAGGCUUGCAACUUGUUGACGCAGAUUCGACGAAGCGCUCACGCCCCGCCCGUCCUCCCAAGCAGGCCUCGCGUCUCGUCCGCAGAGUUUAAUUUUGGGUCGCCAAUUUGUUUCCGGUUUCCCCGAAAGGUGCCGUCUGCCGAUUCACACGCACACAUGCGAUGCGCGCGUUGUCCUGGUGGGUCUCAACUGAAGAGUGCUCCCCCCCCCCCCUUCCCUGCUCCGCUCCGUGUCGGUCGUCGGUCUUUGUUGUUGGAAAUCGCACCGUCGGCUUUUGAAGGUUAGGGCAUUCUCCCAGGAGUGAGCCCACAGUGUUCUCACUGUGCAGUCCUACCGACUGCCCGUCUGUCGGUUGGUUCUGCUUUUUUGAGAGGUCAGUCCAUUCUGUUGGUGUUGUGGCUGCUUGGCUGCCCUGCACUUCGUUGCUCUGAGGAAGUGGACAGUCAGCAGAAACAUCAUGUCCAGCAGUCGAACUUUACAUAUUCAUCAACUCUCCCACAGAGGAAAAAGGCCUUUUGAGUGUACUCUGUGCAACAAAAAGUUCUUUACUAAAGGUAACCUGACCGCUCAUCUCCUAACUCACACAGGGGAGAAGCCUUUUAAGUGUACCGAGUGCAACAAGACAUUUGUGACGAUUGGUCAUCGAGAUGAGCACCUCCAAACCCACUCAGGAAAUAAGCCCUUUGAAUGUACCGUGUGCAACAAGAAGUUUUCGUGUGGUAGAAAUCUGCGUGUCCAUCUCCGAACCCACACAGGAGAGAAGCCUUUCGAGUGUACUACGUGCAACAAGAAGUUUGCGAGAAAUGAGGACCUGCAUGUUCACCUCCGAACCCACACUGGCGAGAAGCCUUUUGAGUGUACUGUGUGCAACAAAAAGUUUUCGCAGGCUUGUAAUCUGCGUACUCAUCUACGAACACAUGCAGGGGAAACGCCAUUCGAGUGUACCAUUUGCAACAAGAAGUUUUCGCAUAGUAGGUACGUCCGUGUCCAUCUCCGAACCCACACAGGAGAGAAGCCCUACGAGUGUACUGUGUGCAACAAGAAAUGUGUGACGGGUAGCACCCUGCGUGUCCAUCUCAGAACCCACACAGGAGAGAAGCCUUUCGAGUGUACUGUGUGCAACAAGAAAUGUGUGACGGGUAGCACCCUGCGUGUCCAUCUCCGAACCCACACUGGAGAGAAGCCUUUCGAGUGUACUACGUGCAAUAAGAAGUUUGCGAGAAGUGAUGAACUGCAUGUUCACCUCCGAACCCACACUGGGGAGAAGCCUUUCGAGUGUACUGUGUGCAACAAGAAAUGUGUGACGGGUGGCACCCUGCGUGUCCAUCUCCGAACCCACACAGGAGAGAAGCCCUAUGAGUGUUCCAUUUGCAACAAAAAGUUUUCGCAGGCUGGUAAUCUGCGUACUCAUCUUCGAACACAUACGUAGAGGAAUGUCUUUCGAGUGUACCAUUUGCAACAAGAAGUUUUCGCAUAGUAGGUACGUCCGUGUCCAUCUCCGAACUCACACAGGAGUGAACUGUGUGCAACAAGAAAUUUGCAAGAAGUGCUGAACUUCUUGUUCAUCCCCGAAGCCAUGAAGAAGUAGAAGACUAGCCUUUUCAAUGUAUUGAACGUGCCACAAUGACAUUUUUUGCAUUGUCGAAAUAUGCGUACACAUCUUAUAAGCUGCUUAGAAGACGUUUGGUUUGCGUUUAUUUAUUAUUAUUUUUUAGUUUUCGCCUAUUUCUAUUUUUUUGUGUCAAUUAUCUUAAUUUGAUCUAUGUAUAAAUGUAAGUGCACUUAAGAGAAGUGUGCAUACUGAA